UGACAUUAAAACUUGACAUUUGAAACAAUCCACAUCACAGUCCACUGCAAGGAGAAUUAGGAUUACAUUGGUCGACUCGGCAGUUCAGCUCUCCAUUUCCAGUCGACCUUCAGAAUGUCGGAGAAGUACCAAAGCCACAUCCUGGUGAUGGAGGACCGAGGCACUAACGGGUCUCUUGAGUCUACCGGUACCGCCAAGUCCCCUCAAGGUUCAACCGUUAGUUUCCAUAACGUCCACUAUAAGGUGACGCAGAGGAGCGGCUGUCUGUGUUUCAAGAGGAAGACCACCACCAAAGACAUUCUCAUAGAUCUGAACGGUCUGAUGAAACCAGGGCUGAACGCUAUCAUGGGGGCCACAGGAAGCGGGAAGUCAUCGUUUCUGGAUGUGCUGGCAUCCAGGAAGGACCCAGCAGGUCUGGCUGGAGAGGUGUUGAUAGACGGAGCUCCUCAACCUCCCAACUUCAAAUGCCUCUCAGGAUACGUGGUUCAGGAUGAUGUGGUGAUGGGAACUCUGACUGUGAGAGAGAACUUCCGUUUCUCUGCAGCGUUGCGUCUUCCGUCCUCCAUCAGCCAGAAGGAGAAAGAGGACAAAGUCAACCGACUCAUCACAGAACUGGGCCUCACUAAAGUAGCAGACUCACGGGUUGGUACCCAGUUGAUCAGAGGAAUAUCAGGAGGGGAAAGGAAGAGGACAAACAUCGGUAUGGAGCUGAUCAUCGACCCUCCUGUUCUCUUUCUGGAUGAACCCACCACCGGCCUGGACGCUAGCACAGCUAACUCUGUACUACUACUGCUCAAGAGGAUGUCUAGUCAUGGCCGUACCAUCAUCCUGUCCAUCCACCAGCCUCGUUAUUCCAUCUUCCGUCUGUUUGACAGUCUGACUCUGCUGGUUAGUGGUAAACAGGUUUACCACGGCCCCGCUCAGAGUGCUCUAGACUACUUCUCUAACAUCGGGUACACUUGUGAACCCCACAACAACCCGGCUGACUUCUUCCUGGACGUGAUCAAUGGAGACUCUACCUCCAUCACCUUCGACAGGGUAAAGGAAGGAGAUGACUCUGACCCAGACAGGGUUACCAGUUCCAGGCAGAACAUCGAGGACCAUCUGGUCCAGGAGUACCGGGGCAGUCAGUACUAUGGAGAGACCAAGGCCCAGUUAGAACGCAUCACCAUGAACAGAGAGUACAGUGUGAAGACUCCCUCUCGGACCAUCACGUACAACACCUCCUUCUCUACUCAGUUCAGAUGGGUCCUGAAGAGAACCUUCACUAACCUCAUCCUCAACCCUCAGACGUCCUUCGCUCAGAUUGGGGUGACUGUGUUCCUGGCCCUCAUCGUUGGGGCCAUAUUCUUCGGAGUGAAGAAUGACCAGAGUGGCUUACAGAACAGGAUGGGUGCUCUAUUCUUCAUCACCACCAAUCAGUGUUUCAGUUCCGUGUCUUCUGCUGAACUCUUCAUCACCGAGAGAAAACUGUUCAUUCAUGAGUACAUCAGUGGUUACUACAGAGUAUCAGUCUACUUCCUGUGUAAGUUACUCAGUGACAUCAUCACCUUAAGGACACUUCCUGCCAUCGUCUUCAGCUGUGUGGCUUACUUCAUGAUUGGGUUUAAAGCUACAGUGGAGGCCUUCUUCCUGUUCAUGUUGACCGUAGCUCUGGUAGCCUAUACAGCUACUGCCAUGACCAUGGCUAUAUCAGCUGACCAGAGUGUUGUGGCGAUCGCCAACAUCUUCAUGACCAUAGCCUUCGUCUUCAUGAUGAUCUUCUCAGGCCUGUUGGUGAACCUGCCCAGUAUUGUUGAGUGGCUAGCCUGGUUCCAGUACCUCAGCAUCCCUCGGUACGGACUAACAGCUCUCCAAAUUAAUGAGUUUGUAGGUCUCCAGUUCUGUGGAGACAUUCCCCUCAACAGCACCUUGCCCCCUGGUAUGACAUGCACGGGGGAAGACUUUAUGAAGAACCAGGGGAUCGACUACACCACGUGGGGGCUGUGGCAGAAUCACGUUGCCCUGGCGAUCAUGACCGUAAUCUUCCUGGCGAUCGCGUACUUCAAACUACGCUUCACUAAGAAGUUCACAUAGAGGUCAGGGGUCACGGGUUAAGCCUAUUGUACACCUUCCCGUUCCUUGCCGUCCCCUUGGUCCGCUCAACGAAAUGCUGCAAUAUCCAACUUCCACUUCUGUCCGCAUGGGACUCUGAAAUGUCAGCAUGGGACUCUGAAAUGUCAGCAUGGGACUCUGAAAUGUCAGCAUGGGACUCUGAAAUGUCAGCAUGGACUCUGAAAUGUCAGCAUGGACUCUGAAAUGUCAGCAUGGACUCUGAAAUGUCAGCAUGGACUCUGAAAUGUCAGCAUGGACUCUGAAAUGUCAGCAUGGACUCUGAAAUGUCAGCAUCCGAAGGACAUUUUUUAACGCAGAUGCGGACGGGAGCAGAUGUUUCGAUUGAAGCGGAAGUUGAAAUUAGGUUAUUUAGAGGUCAGGGGCAAUGUUCCUUUUAAUUGUUUUUUGGGGUACUGAGCAAAUUUCAGGUUUAGUGAGAGGAAACUUGAAAGUUGUGAGUAUUCUGUGCAACUUCUGAGCGCACGUUUCCACCGAGGCUGUACCCUCAGUUUUAGACAGUAGCCAACAGGCUGAACCCUUACAGUUUUAGACAGUAGCCAACAGGCUGAACCCUUACAGUUUUAGACAGUAGCCAACAGGCUGAACCCUUACAGUUUUAGACAGUAGCCAACAGGCUGAACCCUUACAGUUUUAGACAGUAGCCAAUAGGCUGAACCCAGUAGCCAACAGGCUGAACCCUUACAGUUUUAGACAGUAGCCAAUAGGCUGAACCCAGUAGCCAACAGGCUGAACCCUUACAGUUUUAGACAGUAGCCAACAGGCUGAACCCUUGCAGUUUAGACAGUAGCCAACAGGCUGAACCCUUACAGUUUUAGACAGUAGCCAACAGGCUGAACCCUUACAGUUUUAGACAGUAGCCAACAGGCUGAACCCUUACAGUUUUAGACAGUAGCCAACAGGCUGAACCCUUACAGUUUUAGACAGUAGCCAAUAGGCUGAACCCAGUAGCCAACAGGCUGAACCCUUACAGUUUUAGACAGUAGCCAAUAGGCUGUAGUGUACCCUUACAGUUUUAGACAGUAGCCAACAGGCUGUAGUGUACCCUUACAGUUUUAGACAGUAGCCAACAGGCUGAACCCUUACAGUUUUAGACAGUAGCCAACAGGCUGAACCCUUACAGUUUUAGACAGUAGCCAACAGGCUGAACCCUUACAGUUUUAGACAGUAGCCAAUAGGCUGAACCCAGUAGCCAAUAGGCUGAACCCUUACAGUUUUAGACAGUAGCCAACAGGCUGAAACCUUACAGUUUUAGACAGUAGCCAACAGGCUGAACCCUUACAGUUUAGACAGUAGCCAACAGGCUGAACCCUUACAGUUUAGACAGUAGCCAACAGGCUGAACCCUUACAGUUUUAGACAGUAGCCAAUAGGCUGAACCCUUACAGUUUAGACAGUAGCCAACAGGCUGAACCCUUACAGUUUUAGACAGUAGCCAAUAGGCUGAACCCUUACAGUUUUAGACAGUAGCCAACAGGCUGAACCCUUACAGUUUUAGACAGUAGCCAAUAGGCUGAACCCUUACAGUUUAGACAGUAGCCAACAGGCUGAACCCUUCCAGUUUUAGACAGUAGCCAACAGGCUGAACCCUUACAGUUUUAGACAGUAGCCAACAGGCUGAACCCUUACAGUUUUAGACAGUAGCCAACAGGCUGAACCCUUACAGUUUUAGACAGUAGCCAACAGGCUGAACCCUUACAGUUUUAGACAGUAGCCAACAGGCUGAACCCUUACAGUUUAGACAGUAGCCAACAGGCUGAACCCUUACAGUUUUAGACAGUAGCCAAUAGGCUGUAGUGUACCCUUACAGUUUUAGACAGUAGCCAACAGGCUGUAGUGUACCCUUACAGUUUUAGACAGUAGCCAACAGGCUGAACCCUUACAGUUUUAGACAGUAGCCAAUAGGCUGAACCCAGUAGCCAAUAGGCUGAACCCUUACAGUUUUAGACAGUAGCCAACAGGCUGAACCCUUACAGUUUAGACAGUAGCCAACAGGCUGAACCCUUACAGUUUUAGACAGUAGCCAAUAGGCUGAACCCUUACAGUUUAGACAGUAGCCAACAGGCUGAACCCUUACAGUUUUAGACAGUAGCCAAUAGGCUGAACCCUUACAGUUUUAGACAGUAGCCAACAGGCUGAACCCUUACAGUUUUAGACAGUAGCCAAUAGGCUGAACCCUUACAGUUUAGACAGUAGCCAACAGGCUGAACCCUUCCAGUUUUAGACAGUAGCCAACAGGCUGAACCCUUGCAGUUUAGACAGUAGCCAACAGGCUGAACCCUUACAGUUUUAGACAGUAGCCAACAGGCUGAACCCUUACAGUUUUAGACAGUAGCCAACAGGCUGAACCCUUACAGUUUUAGACAGUAGCCAACAGGCUGAACCCUUACAGUUUAUACAGUAGCCAACAGGCUGAACCCUUACAGUUUUAGACAGUAGCCAAUAGGCUGUAGUGUACCCUUACAGUUUUAGACAGUAGCCAACAGGCUGUAGUGUACCCUUACAGUUUUAGACAGUAGCCAACAGGCUGAACCCUUACAGUUUUAGACAGUAGCCAACAGGCUGAACCCUUACAAUUUUAGACAGUAGCCAACAGGCUGAACCCUUACAAUUUUAGACAGUAGCCAACAGGCUAUUGUGGCUAUAGGAGCAUAAUGUAGGCCUACCAACAAAAACCAAUGGAGUAAAUCACAUAAUAGCUUUUGAUUUCGCACACACGGAAAUGCACUCUGAUCUGAAAAGCGCUUUGACACCCGAGGGUGACUGAAAUACCAUUCCUGAGCUCCAGGUGAAAUAGAAUUCUAUUCCGUUGCGCUCUGCCUUACAACUUUAAUCUCAAUCAAAGUUAGAUUUAUUUUUAUGUUUGUUUGCAUUGAAUAGGGGAUGAUAUAACGUUGAUUAGAUUACAGAAUUAAACAUUGAUCUAUGUAAUGUAAAAACUAAAUGGGGUGAACUCAGGACUCUGCGCGUCCUGGUAUUUUUUCUGCGUGGCAGGGGUCAAAGGGGUUAGGGAAAUCAUCAUCAUCACCACCACCAUCAAUCAUUGUUCCAAACCAAUACUUUCAAUGAUUUCUCUACCAAUGUGUCUUAUCUACAGAUGUUUUAAAUCUAUGUGAUUUAUUUUUGAACCAUUCGCGUUUUUAUGACGUGCAAUUUGUUCAAUAUUUUAUCGAUGCAACACAAUUAACGUGUAUUGAUACCAAAUAUAUUGAUGAUUUGGUAAUCUGUAAAGACAGAUAAAAAAUACUUAUGCAGGUGAGUCCCUAGGUGGGUCCCAAACGGUACCCUGUCCCCUACUGUUGAACAGGGCCCCUAGUUCUUUGGACACAAGUAGUUCACUACAAAGGGACUAGGUUGCUGUUUUGGACACAGUCCUAGACAUUGUUUCUAUUUACGUUUUGUACUCUGUGUUUAAACACUCCUACACUAACACAUGAUCGACGGCACAGGAGGCUGGUGAGGGGGAGGACGGUGCAUAAUAAUGGCUGGAAUGGAUUCAGCCACAUGGAAACCACGUGUUUGCUACCAAUCCCUUAAUUCCGUUCCUGCCAUAAAUAUGAGCCCUACCUCCCCAAUUAAGGUACCACCAGCCACCUGUGACUAACAGUAUAAAAAUGUUAAUUAUACAAAUAAAACAUCAACGUUG